GUUACCUGUUAGUGAUGUGAUAGUGAACCCACAGACAAUGGCUGAAACAAGAAUAAAUCACUUCAUUCCAACUUCUUCCCGCUGUUUUGUUUACUCCCGACCUUGUCUAUAUCAGUCAAUUCCAUUUCUCUCAUAAAAGCAUCUUAGCGCAAUUAACUUGAAGCUCAUCCACAAUAUCAUCCACUCUGCAAGCUACUCACGUUCCUGAAUUUGAUCAAUUGGACGAUAACUACAAAAAUGGAGCAUCCAGUGAAAGAAAUUGGCGGUGUUAUCAAGUCGCUCACUCAAGGCAGCCCUGAUGUCCAAGAGUCGACUUUGAGAGAAUACUUCCUCCCCAAUGCCUCAUUCUCACAUCCAUACUGUCGUGUUCCCUCUAUAUCAAAAGGACAAAUCCCUUUGGCAGGAGGUCUUGAGUCUAUCCAGUUGAUAUUGGCCAUCUAUCGAUGGUAUCGUACUCUAAGUCCACACAUUGACCUCAAGGUCGAUUCAGCAGCAUUCGAUCAGAAGAGCGGUCUUCUAUAUGUCUCCAUCCGUCAGACAUUCGCGCUCUGGUUCAUCCCUCUUUACAAAGCACCUGUCAAGCUUGUAUCAGUUCUCCAGCUCACACAACUCUCACCAGAGUCAUCAUCAGAGGAUGAAGGAUCUGAGGAUACUAAGCCGCGUCGACAAAAUCCCCGCUACUACAUCGCCAGCCAAGAAGAUCUUUAUCCAGUGAAUGACUGCAUUCAGUUCCUGUGUCCUGGCCUCGGUCCCUUCUUGUGGACAAUUUGGCAGCUCUACAGUACGUGGUUGUGUGUAAUGGGAUCUUUCUUGUUUCUGCCUGUUUACUUUCUACUCAACGGCACGCCGUCGAAGACCAAGAAGAGCAUGCCCAAGUUUUAGCUUGGAACUGCUAGGUUGAGAGAGAGAAUUGGGAAAUGGGGAGUUCAUGAAAUACGCCUUACGACAUGAUCAAUGACAGCGUAUUGAGGUAUGAUAAUGUAUUUGGAUAAUGAGGGAAACAUGGCGUUUUUUGUUUAGAUUCUUCUCUCAGGGACCAGUAUAGCUCAAGAGCUACUGGACAGUAAUGGAAACAUUUGAUUCAGCACAAAAUCUACGAUCUACUGUACCGUACGGUGAUGUGUAACUCAUUCGAGAGCAAGUAGCUGUUUGUCACAUUUCUCAAUGAGGGCCAAUAUCGGAC